AUGGAGUUCAGGAACGAGAUACGAGCCAGAGAAGAAAACAAGCGAGCUAAAAGAGGGAAGAGCAAAGGGACAUGGCUUCGUGGGCAGAUGGUGCAGGCGAAGGUUCCGCCGCGGUCUCCUCCUCCGCCGCCGAUGAUGGCUCACCCGUCGGUAUAUGACGAAGACGAGUAUGAGGAGGCGGAAGGGGGAAAUAGCCUGCUCGGGUUCAUGUUUGGAAAUGUGGACAACUCCGGGGAUCUUGAUGUUGAUUACCUUGACGAGGAUGCAAAGGAGCAUCUUGCUGCAUUGGCUGACAAGCUUGGUCCAUCCCUGACAGAUAUAGAUCUCUCCGCAAAAUCACCGCAGACACCGUCCGAUGCUACUGAUCAAGGUGGUGAUUUAUUCUGGGGGACACUAAACCUAAGCUUUGAUAUUCUUUCUUCUCUAGAUUAUGAUCAGAAAGCAGAAAAUGCUGUUGACUAUGAAGAUAUAAAUGAGGCAUACGAAGGACCAGAGGUCCAUGCUACGGAGGAGGACUUUCUGUUGCCCAAAAAGGAUUUCUUUUCCAAAGAAGUUUCAGUAUCUUCUUUGGGGAAUAAGACUUCUGUGUUUGAUGAUGACAAUUAUGAUGAUGAAGAUGAAGACGAAGAUUUGGAAAACCAAAAGACGGCAGGGGAACUCAAUUCCGAAACCCAGUGUUUUCCUCCAUCAGAAGGAUAUUUCAGCCUCUUACAGCUUGUUUAUACUGUUGAACACCUCAAGUCACUUUCAAUAGCUAGUCUCUUUGGUGUUCUGAUGGAGACUAGGGGUGAAGGGGUUGAUGGAGUUUGGAUGACUAAUGACGUCAAGGGUCAGGUGGCAGAACAUGUGGAGCUCAAUGCGUUGGAUCGUAGUGGCAAUGGGAUAGUUGCUCGAAAUUGGAAUAAGAAAUAUGAGCAGAAUCAUUGUCAUGAAAUCAUUUCUCAAGAGGAAAGUUUUCCAGACAAGGCUCAUGUGCUUAAAAUGGAAAAUUCUGAUGCUAUAGAUUCAGAGGAGGACGAUUCAGAUGCAUCAGGAGAGUCAACAGGUGGUGCUAUUUCUUCAGUGCUUCCUGUUCUUUAUGUAGAGGAUGGAAAGGAAAUAUUGCGAUUUUCUGAAAUAUUUGGUGUUCAAGAGCCCUUGAGAAAGGGAAGAAAAAGAGACUGCCGAUACUUAAUGGCCAGAGAGAAAUACAUGUCGAUGGAUGCCUCUGAAAUUGUUGAGGAAGAUGAAGAGGAGUUUAUGAAGGCACCAUGCCAAGAUUGUUCCUGGAUGAAUCAAUUUCAGAAAAAAAUUGAUGUUUCGACAGUGGGUGUUGAAAGCGAUUCAAAGAAACCUGGGAUAGUUUUAGAAUCCGGAAAGGUGUCUUUGGAAGCUGAUGACAGUAGAAAGGAUACCUGUAUUUCUUCUGAACCAAUGAAAGAUGACUUGUGGGUGUCCAAAUUUCACGAACGUAACCCACUAUUUUCGCCCAAGUUCUAUCCUAUUGAUCAGGAAGAUUGGGAAGAUAGAAUUGUUUGGGAUAACUCUCCAUCUUCUUCAACUGAAAAUGUGGUGGAGAGUAUUGAACUCUCUGGUCCUGAUUCUGACACACCUGGUGAUAAGGAAAGGUUUUCGAAGGCUGAAGCACACCCCACUGAACCAGAAAUUCAAAGCGGAUCUUGUGGGAAGAAUGACAUCUCAUUUCUAAAUAGUUGUUCUGUUCGGGUGGAACCUUUUGGUUCGAACGAAGAAUCUCAGUCUGCAAACGUUACAAUCUCUGGAAGUAGAAGUCAUUCACAAAUCCUAAGAUUAGAGUCUCAAUUAGAGAAGUACACUGCAGACUCUAGAGGUGUGAAAGAUGAUGCUAGUGAAGCAAAGCUUCGUACAGAUGCUAUACAGCGUUUUAGUGAGCUCACCGUGCAGAAUAGAGAUAUAGUGGAUGGAUCUUGGUUGGAUAAUAUUGUCUGGGAGCCAGGUCAGCUUGUUGCCAAACCAAAGCUAAUUUAUGAUCUCCAGGACCAGCAGAUGCUUUUCGAAAUUUCAGAUAUGGAAGAUGCUAAAUAUAUGCAGCUUCAUGCGGGGGCUAUGAUUGUAGCUCGUUCUCUAGAUGCGAGCGGUGCGGAUUCAGUCGAGCUACACAAUCAUGGGAUGGUAUCAGCUGGACGAUUCAAUAUCUCUAAUGACAAGUUCUAUUCAAACAGGAAAUCCUCUCAGCAACUGAGGCCUCAUUCUAAAAAGCGUACUGCUCAUGGGCUCAAAGUUCUGCAUUCAGUACCCGCACUUAAGCUGCAGACUAUGAAAGCUAAGUUAAGCAACAAAGAUGUUGCUAACUUUCACCGGCCAAAAGCUUUAUGGUAUCCCCAUGAUAUUGAGGUUCCAUUUAAGGAGCAUGGGAAACUAGCUUUGCAUGGCCCAAUAAAAAUCAUUAUGAAGAGUUUGGGUGGAAAAGGAAGUAAGCUUCACGUGGAUGCCGAAGAAACCAUAGCUUCUGUGAAGGCGAAAGCUUCAAAAAAGUUAGAUUUCAGACUAUCAGAGCCAGUUAAGAUCUUUUAUUCUGGAAGGGAGCUUGAGGACAACAAGUCUGUUGCUGAACAAAAUGUUCAGGCAAACUCGGUGUUGCACCUUAUCCGCAUCAAAAUACAUCUUUUACCCCGAGCUCAAAAGCUUCCUAGUGGGAACAAGUCUCUUCGUCCUCCGGGGGCUUUUAAGAAGAAAUCUGAUCUCUCAGUAAAAGAUGGACAUGUAUUCUUAAUGGAGUAUUGUGAAGAAAGGCCAUUACUUCUGGGCAAUCCUGGAAUGGGUGCUAGACUCUGUACAUAUUAUCAAAAAAUUGCGCCGGGUGAUCAAACCGGGAACUUGCUGCGAAAUGGAAACAAUGGUUUGGGGAGUGUUGUUGUUCUCGAUCCUGCUGAUAAAUCCCCUUUUCUUGGAGACAUAAAACCUGGUUCCAAUCAAUCAUGCCUUGAAACUAACAUGUAUAGAGCACCCAUAUUUCAGCAAAAAGUCGCGUCAACCGAUUAUUUACUUGUGAGGUCAUCAAAAGGCAAGCUAUCCAUCAGACGCAUUGAUAGAAUUGAUGUUGUUGGACAGCAGGAGCCACACAUAGAGGUAAUGACUCCUGGAUCCAAGGGUGUUCAGUUCUAUAUCAUGAACAGGCUAUUGGUAUACAUGUAUAGAGAGUUCCGUGCAGCUGAAAAACGUGGUGUACGUCCUUCUAUACGUACGGAUGAGUUAUUUUCUCUGUUUCCGAGCUUGUCUGAAGCAUUUCUUCGGAAGAGGCUGAAAAAUUGUGCUGAAUUGCAGAGAGGACCCAAUGGACAUUUUCUUUGGGUUAUGAGGCGCAAUUUUCGCAUUCCUUCAGAGGAAGAAUUAAGAAGGAUGGUGACACCUGAAAAUGUAUGUGCCUAUGAGAGCAUGCUAGCUGGUAUGUACAGGCUUAAACGAUUGGGAAUUACAAGGCUGACUAAUCCGUCAGGCCUUGCAUCCGCAAUGAAUCAGCUUCCCGAUGAAGCUAUCGCUUUAGCUGCCGCCUCACAUAUUGAGAGAGAGCUUCAGAUAACACCAUGGAACUUGAGUAGUAAUUUUGAUAGAGAAAAUAUCGAACGUCUUGAAAUUACUGGCGUGGGUGACCCAACGGGAAGGGGCCUCGGUUUCAGUUAUGUCCGUGCAACUCCUAAAGCUCCAAUCACAAAUUCUGUGGUAAAAAAGAAAGCAGUUGUUGGUAAAGGAACAACUGUGACUGGAACUGAUGCUGAUCUACGUAGAUUGAGCAUGGAAGCUGCAAAAGAGCUUCUCCUCAAGUUUAAUGUUUCAGAGGAGCAGAUUGAAAAACUGACCCGAUGGCACAGGAUUGCUUUAAUCCGCAAGCUGUCGAGCGAGCAAGCCGCAUCAGGUGUGAAGGUUGACCCAACAACGGUCAGCAAGUUUGCUCGUGGUCAAAGGAUGUCCUUUUUGCAGCUUCAGCAGCAGACGAGAGAAAAAUGUCAGGAAAUAUGGGAUCGGCAGGUGCAGAGCCUCUGUUCUGGUGACGGGGAAGAGAAUGAGAGCGAGUCUGAGGCUAAUAGUGAUUUGGAUUCGUUUGCCGGUGAUUUGGAGAAUCUUCUAGACGCGGAAGAAUGUGAGGAAGGUGAAGAAGACAAUUAUGAGUCUAAGCGUGAUGGCGUGGAUGGUGUGAGGGGGCUUAAAAUGAGAAGGCGCCCGUUUCAAACUCGGGCAGAAGAAGAAAUUGAAGACGAGGCGGCCGAAGCUGCGGAGUUGUGCAGGAUGCUUAUGGAUGGUAUGAUCGUUUUAAAUAUUCUGAUGAUGAACACUGUUUCUGUAGAUGACGAAGCUGAUAGAAAAAAGAAGAAGAAAUCAAAAGCAGUAGAGCAAGUAGACCAUGUCUUCAAGCCAAAGUUUGGUCCUGAAAAUGCUGAUAGAAUGAAGAAAAGCAACACUGUUGUGAAGCGAACCAUGCAACCUGAGGAGGGACCCCUUGUAUUCACAGAGCAAGUUACUAAUAAUGAUCAAAAGGAGGUGCAGGGAGAAAGCUUUUUUGCUAGAAAGCCCCUUGUGGGUAAAUUCAAACCCAAGAAGAAGACCGAGAUUGAUCAGAUGGGGUUGCUAAACAAAAAGGUUAAAAUAGUGGCAGAUGGGAUAAAUCUUGGCCACAUGAGGACCAACAAGAACUGCCCCAGGUACAGGGAAGACACCGACGCACGAGCCGAAAGCACAGAUCUUGACAUGUUAUUAUCAGGCAGACCAAAUUUCUUGGAUAAAGCAGAUCAAAGCCAGCCGAGACCCCUUUUGAAGAAAAUCACGCCUGAAGACGAAAACAGACCUACUUCCAAGGCGAAAUUUCUCAAGGUGAAAUGUGGUGCGGCCGAGAAGCUUCCGGACAAACACAACACCCCCACGACUUCCCAGACCUCCGACCGGCCAAUCACGUCAGACCCCGAAAAGUCAGCCGUGAAAGUCAACAAAAUAAUCUUUUCCAACAAGACAAAAAUCGACGAUCCAUCGCCAGCUGUCAUAAUAAGGCCGCCGGCGGAGGCCGAGAGGGACCCGCCUAGGAAAAAGAUCAUUAUCAAGCAGCCGAAGGAGAUUAUAAAUCUGGAUGAGAACAGUCAGGAUGGGAGCUUUGGGUUCGAGUACAAGAAGACAAAGAAAAUGGUCGAGCUUUCGGGUUUGGACAGGCGGCUCGAGAAUGAAGGGAAGCAGUAUUUCGAGGAGUCGUCUAGAGUGAGAGAGAAUCACCAGUGGGUGGUGGAAGAUAGAAACAGGAGGGUGGAGAAAAUGAGGUUGAUUGACGAGCAGCCGGCUUAUGAUCUUUUGAGGUAUGAGGAGUCGAUAAGAAGGGAGAGAGAAGAGGAGCAGAGGGCAAAGGCGAAGAAGAAAAAGAAGAGGAAGCAUGACAUAAAGGACGACUACUUGGACGAUUUUCCUGUGAGGAGAAAUGACAGAAGGGUGCAUGAAAGAGAGAGGGUGGUUCGGAGGAGGACAGAGGUCGAGUAUGGAAAACAUGCUCCUGACUAUGGCCUGGCUUCAAAGAGGCGUAGAGGAGGAGAGGUUGGCUUGUCAAACAUCCUAGAAAGCAUUGUGGAGACACUUAGGGAAAGGACCGAAAUAUCCUACCUUUUCCUAAAGCCAGUAACCAGAAAAGAAGCCCCCGAUUAUCUGGACAUUAUCAGCCGUCCUAUGGAUUUGUCGACCAUAAGGGACAAGGUGAGGAGGAUGGAGUACAAAAACCGUGAUGACUUCAGGCAUGACGUGUGUCAGAUUGUGUUCAAUGCCCAUAAAUACAAUGACAGGCGAAAUCCGGGUAUUCCGCCUCUUGCAGACCAGCUUUUGGAGCUUUGUGACUUCUUGUUAGAACAAUAUGAUGAUGCCUUGGCAGAAGCUGAAGCUGGGAUCGAAUGAAAAACGGUUAGUUAAGAAAGAUAGUUCUCACUUUUGCCCCCUUCAUUGUCUUUUAGGAGAAAGAGGCUGUGGUCAUUUUUUUUAUUUUUUCUUUUUUCAAAAUAGGUUAGUCUGAAAAGUUACCUCCCGUUUGAGUAUGCGUAUUUUUGGAGUUUGUAUAUUUGGCGACAGCACGUCGAUCAGGUUUUGUACAUGUACCAUAUUGUAUAGUAUUAUUGUUUGUUGAUAGCAGCAGCUUUUCAAUGUGUCCAAGUUGUAGUUGUUUUUCAGUAUUUGCUUAUCCUUCUUUUUUUUUCCCCCCAUUUGCAUGGAUUCUUAGCAUCGACUAAUGUUAGGAUUCGAGAUCAAUAUAUUGAGAUGAGAAAUUACUAUGUAUCGUGUGUUUUUUCAUUUGUGUUCCAGGGUAAAUUAAUUUGAAUGUCUGUUUCCCUGUUAAAUUAUCGAAUGUCUGAGAGCAAGGCCAUCGUUCGGUUAGUGUGCUCAAGCUAUAAGCUCAAGAGGUCUUGUUGGGGAAGAUGACUAAAGGUGUGCAUAUAUUGAUUCUUCUUUAUCAAGCGUGAAAAUUCUAUGCGGAUAAUACCUUCCGACACUUUUACUAGUUAAUUGAGACCAAGAUCGUGUGAAGUUCCUGCACAAACCUAAUUUAUUUGAUGGGUUGCAUCACAUUGGUAUGGUGGAAAUUAUUUCAAGUUGAAAUAGAUAUCGAGACAUGAAG